CAGCUGGCGGCGCGGUGACGUAGGACGCGCUCCCCGUGCGCGCUUGACGCCGCGCGCAGCGUAAGGGCACUUUGGAGGUUGGCUUUGGGGGCUCUCUUUUUUUUUCUUCCCCCCUCCCCUCGUUUUCAUCGUCUUGCGAAGCCGCAAAUGCUCACCCGGGAAUCUUCUCUCCUUUCUCCAGAUGACACCAAUCACUCGUCAAGAAGUCCUUGGCCUUUACCGCAAAAUAUUCCGAAUAGCUAAAACAUGGCGGUCAGCAACGGGACAGAUGAAAGAGACGGAGAAAGAAAAACACUAUAUUAUCAGCGAAGCCAAAACAUUGUUCCGAAAGAAUCGAACUCUAACAGAUCCUGAGCAGAUUAAACAGUGCGUAGAAGAGUGCAAGGCGAGAAUAGAGCUAGGACUUCACUAUCACAACCCGUAUCCAAGGCCUAUUCAUUUGCCACCCAUGGGCCUCGCUCUGCCACAAGCCCGGGCGUUUCGACACCAAGAGAAGCUAAGGAAAAUCUCUAAACCAGUUUAUUUGAAAUCUCAUGAUGAAAUUUCAUAACCCCUGAACAAGCUUGGGGGUCGAUAUCGUCUACCUGACUGGUGCACUUUGCAAGACUACAGGUGAAAAGGAGAUUGGUACGGUUACCACCAGGUGAUUUUUUUCCCCUCAAGGUCGGGAAUCCACUUGGUCCCAAGGAGAGAUGAGAAAGAGGAGCUACAUCUGCCUUGUGUGAAAGAAAGAAGCAUUGUGGGAAAAUAAAAAAAAAUGUGAUAGAAAAAAAAAUCAAGGUCUGAU